UUCACUUCCUCAUUGUGGAUACCUCAUGUGACAAGUUCUAAUUUCUUUUUAAAGUCUCUUUAACUGAAGUCUCUUUGCUGCCUUUGGAAUCUUUGGAGAGAGCCCACUGUCACGCAUUCUUUGUAUAGGAGCACCUGCUGGUUCUGUCAUAAUGAAAUGCCUGGUUUGGGUGCUCCUCCUGUGCUCCUCAGCGAUGGCACAGCUGCACAGAGACCCCACCCUGGAUCGUCACUGGGAUCUCUGGAAGAAAACCUAUGGAAAACAAUACAAGGAAAAGAAUGAGGAAGUAGCACGGCGUCUCAUCUGGGAAAAGAACCUAAAAACUGUAAUGCUUCACAAUCUGGAGCAUUCGAUGGGAAUGCAUUCAUAUGAUCUAGGCAUGAACCACCUGGGAGACAUGACCAGUGAAGAAGUGAUAUCAUUGAUGAGUUGCGUGAGAGUUCCCAGCCAAUGGCCGAGAAAUGUCACUUACAAGUCAAACCCUAAUCAGAAAUUGCCUGAUUCUCUGGACUGGAGAGAGAAGGGGUGUGUUACUGAAGUGAAAUACCAGGGUUCUUGUGGUUCUUGUUGGGCUUUCAGCGCUGUGGGAGCUCUGGAAGCACAAGUGAAGAUGAAAACAGGAAGGCUGGUGUCUCUGAGUGCACAGAACCUGGUGGAUUGCUCAACUGAAAAAUACAGGAAUAAAGGCUGCAAUGGCGGCUUCAUGACAGAGGCUUUCCAAUAUAUCAUUGAUAACGACGGCAUCGAUUCAGAAGCCUCCUAUCCCUACAAAGCCGUGGAUGGAAAAUGCAAGUAUGACUCAAAAAAUCGAGCUGCCACGUGUUCAAGGUAUACUGAACUUCCUUUCGCCGAUGAAUAUGCCUUAAAAGAAGCUGUGGCCAAUAAGGGACCUGUGUCUGUUGCUAUAGAUGCGAAGCAUUCUUCUUUCUUCUUCUACAGGAGUGGUGUCUACUAUGACCCCUCCUGUACUCAGAAUGUGAAUCAUGGUGUACUAGUGGUCGGCUAUGGUAACCUUAAUGGGAAAGACUACUGGCUUGUGAAAAACAGCUGGGGACUCAACUUUGGUGACGGAGGAUACAUACGGAUGGCAAGAAAUAGUGAAAAUCACUGUGGGAUUGCUAAUUAUCCCUCUUACCCCAGAAAUCUAGAGGAUAUCUUCAUUUUAUAACAUUUUCAAGAAAGAAAAACACUUUCUCAUUAUUUACCUGCUGUAACUAGAAGAAACAAGUGUGUCAUGAUCAAUGUAUAUCUACCAUACUAACAGAAAUAUAGUUUGACGCAUCUACUUUUUUUACUUUGCAGAUCUUGAGGGAAAGUUUGCUAAGCAAAUUAAUAAUGUACUAUAGAUAUAACUGUAUGAAAAUUGGUCAACCUGAGACAAUAUGUCAUGUUUGUCAUUGUCUUAUUUUAUUUGUUCAUUUUAGUCCCCUGAUUUCCUGUUGAACCUUAAUGGCAUAUAAAUGGUUAAUAAAUAUUUGUCUUUUCAA